AUGUUGGGCGGGAGUAGGAAGGAUAUCGGGAUCAUUCGGCACGGUCAGGGCAGUGGAGGCGGUGACUCAGGAGUAGCGAGACUUGCGCAGAAUCACAUCCCUCACUCAGCAGAGCUCAGUCCAGCUUUGAACUCUUUCGAAGCAUUGCAUCCCCUUACGAACUACAACUACGAUCCUCCAAACUACGUCCACGCCCUUCAAAACUACGCCCACGACCUUCAAACCUUGUUCCCUACCAGUACACCCCCUUUGAGGCAUACCUACACGUACAGCUAA